AUGGCAAACUACGAUAAGAUAAUGAGCCAAACGAGACUAGUUAAGCGAGUUCCUCGAGACAGUCCGUCGGCCGGGAAUGACACGGUGGUGAUUUACACGACCUUAUUGAGGGGUGUCCCCCGCACGUCCAAGCAUAGCAAUAAGGUACAGGGGAUACACGAGGUCCAACGCGUGGUUUUCGACGAGCUGGAUGUGUCGUUGCAUGGGGAGUUCUUCAACAAGUUGAGGGAGUUACUAGGGUAUGAAGCGAUCGUGCCGAGGGUGUUUGUUAAGGGACGGUAUCUUGGUGGAGCCGAGGAGGUGAUUGAAUUGAAUGAGACGGGAAAACUUAGGAAAAUACUGAGUAUGAGGCGGUUGGCUUGCGAAGACUGUAGCGGAACGAAAUUUGUGUCGUGUGUGGAGUGCGAAGGAGUAUCUGUGAGACCUGCAAAGCCUGAAGAAAGUAGCGAUUUAAGGAAGAUUUAG